AUUCUCUCACCUCUCUUUCUUUCUCGCUUCCUCUCUCUUUACGUUGGUUGGAUCGAAAAAAUGGCGGAAGAAUCGGAGAAACCUGUGCACACGGAAGAGUCUCUGAUGGAGAAGAUAGCUGAGAAGAUCCACGAUCACGAUUCAUCAUCGUCGUCGGACUCGGAGCACGAGAAACCGGAGUCUCCGUCGGCUUUGAAGGCGAAGAUAUACCGAUUGUUUGGUAGAGAGAAGCCUGUUCACAAGGUCCUCGGCGGUGGCUUGCCUGCUGAUGUGUUCUUGUGGAGGGACAAGAAGCUCUCAGCCGCUGUUCUUGGUGUAGCGACUGCCAUAUGGGUCCUGUUCGAGUUGGUUGAGUAUCAUUUGUUGAGUCUUGCGUGUCACAUUUUGAUAUUCUCCCUCGCUGCCAUGUUUUUGUGGUCUAAUGCUCAUGCCUUUAUGAAAAAGCCUCCACCUAAAAUUCCUGAAAUCCAUGUUAAAGAGGAACAUUUCAUUUUGAUUGCUUCUGCACUGAGAAACGAGCUGAACCAGGCCUUCGUUAUCCUAAGGAGCAUUGCAUUAGGAAGGGACUUGAAGAAGUUUCUGAUGGUGGUUGUUGGGCUGUGGAUAAUCUCUGUUGUGGGCAACUGGUUCAACUUCUUGACCCUUGUCUACAUAUGUUUUGUGGUGUUGCAUACAGUACCGAUGCUGUAUGAGAAACAUGAGGACAAGGUGGAUCCAGUGGCAGAGAAGACGAUGAAGGAACUGAAGAAACAUUACAUGGUUUUCGAUGAGAAAGUUCUUUCUAAGAUCCCUCUUGCUUCCCUGAAAGCAAAGUUGGGUUAGACACUUUAUAAUGAAGUAACUAUCUCUCUGUAUCCCCUUUGACGUUUUGUUUUGGUCUUUUGGGGCAUUUCUGUUUAUUUAUAUUUCUACACAAGACUCGAUAAGAAUCUGUUACUCUGUUUUUACUUGUGUUCAUUUCUAUCAUUUGGCGUGAGCAUUUUUUGGGCUAUUUGAUGUGAACGAUGAGAUUAUAUAAUGAUAAAAAUGUUUAUUUCUAA